AUGAUACAGGCAAUGAUAGGGCAUGAAACUUUUUUUCUUAGGUCCGUCAAAAUAUUUGCCAACUUUGGACUGCUCCUCCUCCUGUCAACACAUAGCAUCAAAACCGUACAGCGGAACACAGAAUGGGUAAGCGAAAAAACUCUGUUCCUCUCUGGUUUAAAGGUAAAUCCUUCUAAUGCUAAACUGCAUAAUAAUGUGGGAAAAGUGUUGGAAGCAGAAAAUCACCACCAGGAGGCGCUGCUUUACUAUAAUCGAGCCAUCACAUUGGAACCGAACGACGUUCGCGGGUUUCUGAACGCUGGCCGAGUGUUAACGUACCUGAGGCGUUACCAGGAGGCGGAGAAAAUCUACAGAAAGGCUAAGGAUAUGCUACCCCAAGUGGAAGACUUAAGUAUGACAGAAACCCACGUGACCCCCAGUCAUCUACAGGUGUUUCUAAGCCUCGCCUCACUGCUCUCUAGAAAUACUAGCCGUCUAGAAGAGGCAGAUGCCGUUAAGUAUUUCUUUCGUUUU